GCUCGCCUCAAUGUUGCAGCCAGCCUGGUGUGUCAGAUCGCUAGAAAGCUGGAGGGAGGCAGGUCGAGUGAGCUGCUGGGCUUCCCAAUACAUAGGCGACAUAGAAAGAUAGAUAUAUAAAUACAUUAAAAACAAUUGAGUAUAACGAGAAAGACACACAGGCGGAUGGACGGACGUACUAUAGGCAAGUGUUGCGAUUAACCUUUUUUCCCCCUCUCUCUCGCUGUAUUUAUUUAUUUAUUUAUUAAUUGAUUUUAAUUAGUGUGUGACACGCGGGAGGGAGGAGCAUCAGGAUCAGGUGUGUGUGUGUGUGUGUGUGCGUGCGUGCGCAGUUUUGUUUGUUUGUUUCUUAUCGCCUUUUUAAGUAAUACAUUUUUUUCCUCCCAUAUAGCAGCGAAAUAGUCCCACCAAAUAGCUCCAACCCAAAUAUAACCGCGCGAAAUAAGACUUUUGUAAAGUAAAAUGUUGAAAUAGUUGUGUUGCUUUAUUAACCGAAGCUAACUGACUGUUUUCGUGCCUUCCGGGCGCUUGAGUAGAAAAAGACGCGGGGACUUGAUUCCCGGCGAGCGGCUCCUCCGUCCGUCUGUGUGUCUCCGUUGAAGAAAGAACUCCAUUGUGUGCACCUUGAUGCCGGCUUGAAGUCAGUAAAAAGCAAAGAAAGUGUCGGGCUGCUUUCAUGUGUACGCACCAAGCGAGCCGCCUCCACCAAGCCGAAGACUCCCCGCAUUAUUCUUACUACUUGCGGCCGAAGAAGGAAGAGCAUGUUCGUCCCGCUGCCGGUGCCGUUGGUGUUCCAGAGAGCUGCCCCCGCAGACCUCAGCGCCUGGCGUCUCAAGUCCCCGCUGGCUCUGCGCUCCAACUCCGAUGCCAGGAUGUCAAGGCCAGCUGAGGUUGACAAACUAGGGUCCGACUCACCACUGGAUAGCACAGAAUCAGAGCGCAAUGGAUCUGAAUCGAAUCACCAGGCCCAGUCAAUGAAGGUUAAUCCAUUCUCCCUGUCGUCGAGCCUCAGCAGCAGCAAGAACAAGAUGGAAGAGUGUGGCGACAUGACCCACUCCCACGGCCCGACCCCCUCCCAGACGGCCCUGCAACACACGCAGCUCAUGCUGACCGGCUCCCAGAUCGCAGGGCUCACGGCUCUGUUGCCGCCGCAGCAGCAGCUUUUGUUGCAGCAGGCCCAAGCGCAGCUCCUGGCCGCCGCCGUGCAGCAGUCCAGCGCAGCGCACGCCGCUCACGCCGCCCACGCUGCCGCCGCGGCCAAUCAGCAAGCUCAGGCGGCCGCCGCGGCCAAUCAGCAAGCCCAGCAGCAGCAAACGCAGCAGGCGGGACAAACAGGCCAGCAGCAGGCGCAGGGUCAGGGACAGAACACGCAGGAACACACUACCCAAAGCGUCCCUGCCCCGCCUCCUCCACCCCAGCUUACCCUUUCUCAGCCAAUCCAGCUCACCGCCCAGGACAUCCAGCAGUUGCUGCAGCUCCAGCAGCUGGUUUUGGUGCCCGGGCACUCACUCCCGUCUCCUGCCCAGUUCCUCCUCCCGCAAGCGCAGCAGGGACAGCAAGGACUCCUGUCGACACCAAAUCUUAUUUCGCUACCUCAACAAAACCAAGGGAGCCUGAUGUCUGGUCCAGCUAGACUGGGACUGCAAUCGCAGCGAGACAAGAGCAUGGAGAUGAGCGGCGGAGUAGGAGGCAUGACCACGGUGUCGUCUGUGACCUCUCACGCCGAGGAGCCCAGCGACUUGGAGGAGCUGGAGCAGUUCGCCCGCACUUUCAAGCAGAGACGCAUCAAACUGGGCUUCACGCAGGGAGAUGUGGGCCUGGCCAUGGGGAAGCUGUAUGGCAACGACUUCAGCCAGACCACCAUCUCUCGCUUCGAGGCCCUCAACCUGAGCUUUAAGAACAUGUGCAAGCUGAAGCCGCUGCUGGAAAAGUGGCUCAACGACGCGGAGACCAUGUCCAUAGACAGCACCCUGCCCAGCCCCAGCUCACUGUCCAGCCCCUCGCUGGGCUACGACGGGAUGCCCGGCCGCCGCAGGAAGAAAAGAACCAGCAUCGAGACGAAUGUACGCAUUGCCCUGGAGCGUGCUUUCUUGACGAACCAGAAGCCUACCUCAGAGGAGAUUCUGCUGAUCGCUGAGCAGCUCAACAUGGAGAAGGAGGUGAUCCGGGUGUGGUUCUGCAACCGCCGGCAGAAGGAGAAACGCAUCAAUCCCAACAGCGCCACCCCUCCCCUGCCCAGCCAGCCCGCCGUGACCCCGCCCGCCCACAAGCCCCCGUGCUACAGCCCUCACAUGAUAUCCAGUCAGCUGUCGCAGGCGGUGAGCAGUCUGAGUAACACAACGGCGGCGACCACCAUCUCCUCCAUCUGCCCUCUGACCUCCAGCCUCACCUCCCGCACCUCCAGCCACCCUUCCUACAGCUCUGCCCCUUCCCCUGUGACUCCUCCCCCUCCAGCUGCACCUCCUGUUGGUCCUCUGCCCCCCCGCAGCACGGCCAGCCCCGCCACUUCCAGCCACGGCACGCUCAAUCUGAACGCUGGCUUGUGGCGUAUGGGGAAAAAGAACGGCGACAUGGCGAGCUACAUCACCGACUUUGCUGCAAACCUGAGGAACACUGUGAUGGGAGUUAACACAGGGAUGAACCAAGCUCUUCUGGGUAACAAUCCCCUCGCCACUAUUCAAGCCCUAGCGGCCAGUGGUGGCCAGCUGCCUCCUUCUAGUCUGGACUGCGGCAGUAAGAUGAUGCUGGGGGCGUCGGGCGGCCAGGCGGGGGGUCUGGCGUCCUCCCUCUUCCUCAACCACCCCGCCUUCCUCCACCUGGGCCAGAACCCCGGCGCCGCACUGGUCAGCGCGGCCGUCGCCAAAGCCUCCCUGCACUCCCCCUUCGCCCCUUCGGCCAGCAGCAUCAGCCCCUCCCUCUGCUCCCCUUCCCCCUGCUCGAGCCCCGCCUCCUCCUGCUCCUCCAUCGAAAUGGCGCACAGCCCCCCCUCCCUGGGCGGGGCCAAGAUGGAGUGACGGCGGCCAGCGAGCGGCCAAUCAGCGAGGAGGGGGGAAGAAAGAAGGAAGGAAGUAAGAAUCUCGCCUUUCACACCAAAGCUAGCUCUUCUCGUCUCUUGCGCUCUUCUUCCGGCACCUCUUCACGCCGCCCCUCCUUCCCUCGCCGUCUUUCCAUGCCAAAAACCCACAGAAUGAAGGAGGGAGGGAAGGGGGGAGGGAUGGAAACGGGCGGAAAUGACGGGAAGACUGAAACCAAAAAUGAUUCCUGGAGCCAAAGGGUCAUCACGGCCACAGCAACACUGACUCUUUAAGACGAGCAGAGAAGCCUGAAACCAAAAAUGACUCAACGUGGCAAAGAAUUCAAAAAAGGAGGAGUCCUUUUUUUUCUUCUUUUUUUUUUUUUACUUUAAAAUGCUGCGGAUCUGACGGGAGAGAAGGAGACGUUUAAACCAAAAAUAUAACCUAAGAAGAAGAAGGUGAGGAGGAGGCGGCGGUGAUGGAACACACAAUGACAAAGAAAAAAAAAAGAGACAAGACAACCAUACCAAAAUCCCAAAUACCAAAAAUACGGAGAGAAAAGCUUUAUUCAAAAAGGACAUGUAAAUAAAUACUGAAGCUAU